GACUUGUGAGCUUGUCACAGAAAAUCACUCAAAAGUCAUUCACUCGAAAAAUUAAACCAAAAAUUUCCUAAGUCUGUUUUACAAAAUACGAUGUAAUGACAAUGAGCGAUUACUACAAAAUACUAAACAUUCCAAGAAAUGCGGCGAAGGAUCAAAUCAAGAAAGCCUAUAAGCAGCUUGCCCUGAAAUGGCAUCCAGACAAAAAUCCAAACAAUCCUGAAGAGGCUAAUAAGAAAUUCAGAGAGAUAUCUCAGGCUUAUGAGGUGUUGUCUGAUCCAAAGAAAAAGAAACAUUAUGAUUUGUAUGGAAAAGAUGGCUUCAGUUCUAGACUAGAUAGAGAUGAUGACGGAUUUUGUGAUUUUGGAGGAUUCGGCUUAUUUAACUUCAGAGAUCCUGAAGAUAUUUUCAGGGGAAUUUUUUGGUGGGAGCAUAUCAGAGAUAUUCGGUCUAACAAGCCCAUCAAGAAGGGACAGCUCUAGAAGAGGCAGCAAUCUCUCUAGCUCUGUGUUUGCUCAAUUCAACGAUAUUGACAGCAUUUUUGGUGCUGUAGAGCGCUCUUUUGCAGGAGUGCCUAAUCAAGGCACUUACGUAAGGCAAAUGUCAACAGAUACUCAAAUUAUCAACGGAAAGAAAACGACAACUAAGAGAAUCAUUGAGAAUGGAAAAGAGAUAAUCGAGAAGUAUGAAAAUGGUGUGUUGACUUUCAAAAGCGUCAACGGAAAACCAGCUAGCAUAACAUAUCGCUAAUACUCGUGUAGAAUAAAGUUGUGCAGUUUGAAUUCGUGGCAAUAAAUUUUCGAUAAUUAAAUACAGCUAUCUAUUCAUUAUCAUACAAUAAAC